UUUCAAAUGCGUCACUUCCGCAAACAACUUCCGUUCACCGAGAUGGCCUUAGAACGUGCUGCCAAAAAAGAAAAASAAAAUGUGUGCAUAUAGUCGUAUAAUGUAGUGGGAUGUUUACUGUUAAACGAUUUUUCCUGCAGGAAAGAAUAACAACAUUGCAGCAAUUGCUUAGAUAUGGCAUUUCGUACGGUUGGAGAUGCACAACUACCUUCGGAGGUAUGGGUCCACGUGUUUGGAUAUCUGUCAACGACAGACAAACUAAACAUUAGAUCAUGCUGCAAAUAUUUCAAAAAUAUGGUUGACCACUGGUCCCUUUGGAAAGGCAACACAGUGGUGCUUAAAAAGRUGUGUGCCUACACCUCGCAGUUCUGGACAACUCUUCGCCGCAGGAAAAUCAGCUCAGUUGUUGUACAGAAGGCAAGUUUGAAAGAAUGGAAACAGCUUGCCCUAUCACUCCCUUGGCUCACCACAAUAGCCGUGGAGCAUUGUUUCGACGUGAAAGCCUUUGAAAUUCUCAAGCAAUUUCAUAACUUGAAGAGGCUGGCUAUUCGCAGGUGUCGCUAUGGCCAGGGACUGUCUGAUGCAAUUGUGCCUCUGCAGCAAGUGACUCAUUUUAGUGUGUGCGAGAUGCACUGUGCUCCAAGAUCAGAUAUUAUUAGUGCUGUCUCAAAGCUCUCCCAUCUGACGUCUCUACUCUAUCACGAAGGCAAUCAUCCUAUCCCAAGACAGAUAUUCCACCUAAUGCUUAACCGCUUGCCACAUCUGAAGCAUCUGUCUUUGAAAAUGGGAACACAACAUGGCUCUCUCCCAGAUGAUUAUUUUAAUAUUUCUAAAACAAAUGGCUUUCCAGAAGAUCCGCAGGUCGGCCAACCUGGCUUGACCAGUCUGGAGCUUCUUGACUACAUGGACCCCACCUUACCUGAAGAGGCGCUGAAGUGCCUUCCCUCCCUGCAGAGUCUAGCUGUGGACUACAGAGACAGGGAUGUGGAUCCCAGCAGGUGCCACCUGAAAACAUGGCUGAGGGAACUCCCUCAACUGGCAGUUCUCAACAUUGCAA